UGGUGACGUUAAGCGUCAGGGUUGAAUCGUACGGAACGUGGUUCUCAUUGUUGGCGCGUUGAGUGCUGUUCCCGGCUACAGUCUUACGCGUUCUAGAGUCUCGGUAAUACGGUAACGUGACCCAAGAGCCCUGCAAUGAGCGGAGGCGUUUACGGCGGAGAUGAAGUCGGAGCCUUGGUCUUUGACAUCGGCUCGUAUUCGGUACGGGCUGGAUAUGCGGGCGAGGACUGUCCCAAGGUAGAUUUCCCCACUACUAUUGGAAUGGUUCUUGACAGGGAAGAUGGUAGCACGCCUAUGGAGACUGAUGGGGAGCAAAACAAAUCUAGAGGCCCAACAUAUUAUAUUGAUACCAACACACUCAGGGUACCACGGGAGAACAUGGAGGCCUUCUCGCCACUAAAAAACGGAAUGAUUGAAGACUGGGACAGUUUUCAGGCAAUUCUCGAUCAUACGUACAAAAUGCAUAUCAAGUCUGAAGCAAGUUUACACCCGGUGCUGAUGUCCGAGGCUGCGUGGAACACCAGAGCCAAACGUGAGAAACUGACCGAGCUGAUGUUUGAACAUUACAAUAUCCCUGCGUUCUUUCUCUGCAAAACGGCGGUUCUCACAGCAUUUGCCAAUGGUCGCUCCACGGGGCUUAUAUUGGAUAGUGGUUCUACACAUACUACAGCAAUUCCAGUACAUGAUGGAUAUGUCCUUCAGCAAGGGAUUGUAAAAUCCCCCCUCGCAGGAGACUUUAUUACUAUGCAAUGUCGAGAAUUAUUUCAAGAGAUGAAUGUGGAUUUAAUACCCCCUUAUAUGAUUGCUUCAAAGGAGGCUGUACGGGAAGGAGCCCCAGCCAACUGGAAGAGAAAGGAGAAGCUUCCUCAGGUCACCCGUUCUUGGCACAACUACAUGUGCAACUGUGUAAUUCAGGACUUUCAGGCGUCUGUCCUUCAGGUUUCAGACUCCACUUACGAUGAACAGGUAGCGGCCCAGAUGCCAACCGUUCAUUAUGAAUUUCCCAAUGGUUAUAACUGUGAUUUUGGAGCAGAGCGACUGAAAAUUCCAGAAGGAUUAUUUGAUCCUUCCAAUGUAAAGGGGCUGUCUGGUAAUACUAUGCUCGGUGUCAGCCAUGUUGUGACCACAAGUGUUGGAAUGUGUGAUAUAGACAUUAGACCGGGUUUAUACGGUAGCGUGAUUGUCGCUGGAGGAAAUACAUUAGUACAGGGAUUCACAGACAGAUUGACAAGAGAACUGUCUCAAAAAACACCACCGAGUAUGAGACUAAAGCUGAUUGCUAACAAUACCACUGUGGAAAGGAGGUUCAGCUCGUGGAUCGGAGGUUCAAUCCUUGCCUCCCUUGGAACCUUCCAACAGAUGUGGAUUUCAAAACAAGAAUAUGAAGAAGGAGGAAGGCCAUGUGUGGAGAGAAAAUGUCCUUAGUCCUUUCCAGACCGUCACCUGUUUCUUGUUCACUAUUUUUAAUAGCUUUAGCGUACUCAGGAAACCGUUUGAAUUUUUUGUAGCUAAAAUCCUUGUAUAUUCCUUUAAAUCCUCAGUAGAUGCCUGGCUCACGGAUACAUGAAACAUGCAUCAGGUCCCAAGCAAUAAUGAACGUUCUGUAAGCCUCCUGUGAGAAACGCGGUUGAGCUAAUGUUCGAGAAACGGAAGUUUGCAUAUUAAGAUGUACACUUUAGUGUUAAUUGUCCAGCGUAGAAUAUAAUGGUUUCGUUGAGAGAAAUUCUGACGUCAUAUAUUAAAUAAAUGAUGCAGUAUCGUGAAGUAGGAGCCAAUGAAAUUUGUCACUGCUGCCUAUUAAGUACAGUAAAGGCCUUAUUCUAGAUAACCGUAUGCAAUCUUUUUAUAUAUUUGUACAUGUAAUUCUUUACCAUUUGCUAUUUUUUUUCUGUAAUUCCCCUGAAGUUUGAAAGUAGGCCUUACAAUUUGAUCUAUUGGACAGUAAAAUCUGUUACUACUGAAUAAAACUGUACUGAAAUAAAAUGUGGUAACUAGUUACUGUAAAUAUGGAUUUUUUAUGUAAUAUGUGGCAGUAUGGCUUAUGUUGUAUAGACGUAAUGUACACCUUUAGGUGUUUAUAGUCCCAUAGGUCCCACUGUCCAUUUGAAACUUUUCCAAUAAACGCCUGUUAAGGAAAGAA